AUGACAUCUGAUCAUCGGAUAGACGUAAGCCAGGGAGCCCUGCCUCGCAGCAAAGAGCUCUUCGUGGCCGAUAUCCCACUCGGCGAAGAUGGACACCCUCGAAUCCGAAAAUUGUUAAUCGCGAACAGGGGCGAGAUUGCCUGUCGAAUAAUUGCAACCUGCAAAAGAGUCAACAUAGCAUCAGUUGCGGUCUAUACUCAAGAAGAUGCCGUCUCACGCCAUGUUCGGGAUGCGGACGAAUCCAUUUGUAUCGGUUCUAUGGAGAAGAACGAGAGGAAUCCAUUUCUCGACAUUGAUCUUCUCAUCACAACUGCAAAAGACAUCCAGGCCGACGCAAUUCAUCCAGGAUACGGCUACUUGAGCGAGAAUGCGAACUUUGCUGACAGUGUACGGCAAGCUGGACUCAUCUUUGUCGGUCCUCCAGCCGAAGCCAUGUCCACGCUAGGCGACAAGCGCUCUUCCAAGGACCAUCUCCGUCAGAAUGCGCCCGAUGUUCCGUUGAUCCCAGGCUUCACUGGUACCAGUCUUGAGGCCGAGGACCUGCAAAGGGCCGCUGUUGACAUUGGCUUCCCCGUGAUGCUAAAAGCUUCCGCAGGCGGUGGAGGCAAGGGCAUGAGAGUUGUGCACGAACCAUCGCAAUUGAUGACGGAGUUGAGCAGAGCGCAGUCGGAAGCACAGCGGUCAUUUGGAUCGGGAGACUGCAUUCUGGAAAAAUUCAUCGAGAACAGCAAGCACAUUGAGAUCCAAGUGGUUGGAGAUCAGUAUGGCCAGGUUGUUUCGUUCUUUGAGCGAGACUGCUCUAUCCAGCGGCGUAACCAAAAGGUGAUCGAGGAAACACCAUGCAAUUUUCUCGAUGACGACACUCGGCAAAACAUGAGCGAGACAGCUGUCCGAAUCGUCAAGUUGAUAGGUUACGAAGGAGCCGGGACCGUGGAGUUUGUUUUCGACACGUCGACGAGGAAGUUCUAUUUUCUUGAAGUCAACACACGGUUGCAAGUCGAGCAUCCAAUCACCGAGGAAGUCGUCGGAGUUGACCUUGUCGCUUUGCAACUAUUUGUUGCUGCCAAAGGUCGACUCUCAGAACUCGCUGAGCUAUCGAAUCUUACCCAGACGGGGCACGCAAUUGAAUGCCGGCUUUGCGCGGAGGAUCCCCAGCGAGACUUUCUUCCCAGCCAUGACAAGAUCCUGUUAUGGAAGCCCGCCUCUCCAGGGAGAAGCCCGGGCUCGGUCAUCCGCUACGAGACAGCGAUCCAAAGUGGGACAUCGGUCUCAAUCUACUUCGACUCGAUGAUCUGCAAGAUUGUUGUCUGGGCACCGACAAGAUCUGCGGCGAUCAACAUUCUUGCCAGAGAGCUGGCAAACACUCCGUGCAUUGGCAUCAGGACAAAUCAGCUGUUCCUCCAAAGCUGUUUGUUGCACCCCGCCUUCCAGGACUUUGCCUACAAGACAUCCUUCAUCCCCAACAACAUCGACGACCUGCUUCGGAGUCCUUACACACCAGCCUUGCUAGACCAUGUUUCACUCAUUCCCAGCAUCUUCCUGCAACUUGUGCAGAAGGAAGAAGGACAAAGAACCGGCGGUCGCCGGCACUUCCAGACAGUCCGCCACCAGUUCCACAACCAGAAGUUUGACCCGUUCCACCAAAGUGGCGAGAUCAUCUCUCUUCGAGACUCUAAAUCAGUCACUGGAGGCAUUACUCGAUGCGAGGCCUGUCUGUCCAAGCUUAGCUCCAGCGACGCGGAUAACGAGUGGGACAUUUGUCUUUACCCUGUGGCACACCAAAGCCAGGAUGAGAAGGACUCUUCAUCUAAAGAGGGUGUAGAAUUACCGCCGGAAUUGAACCUGACUGACACUUAUACCACCACAAGCCGAGCCAUUCGGAACGGGGAGGCAUGGUCAGGACCUGUUUUCAACAUCAAAGCCGUCGAGCUGAGACCAGUAUCUGACGAGCAGUCGCUCCUCUCAAAGGUGAUCUCGUUGUCAUCACCAAUGUCCAUGACAAUGUCAGUGAAUGGCCAUAAGAUUCGCGCAUAUCUUGCCAUACCGAACGUCAGGGAAGGUCGCCAAAGCCUAUCAUUUAAUGAAACUGUCAGGAUAUUCUGCCAUCUGCCUCAAUUUGGCGAGUGGAAGGAGUUUCGCAGGGAUACUUUGCUCUCAUUUUACACGAAUCUUAGAAAGGAAGCACUGUCCAACAGUGACCAGCAAAGUGAAGUCAAAGCGCCGAUGCCUUGCAAGGUACUGUCGAUCGGCAAGUCUGUUGGCGACGAGGUCAACCAGGGUGAAUGUGUCAUGGUGAUCGAAAGCAUGAAGAUGGAGAUCAAUAUCAUUGUGGGUGUUUCCGGCAAGUUCCAUACAAGGUGGGGGAUUGGUGACGCGGUGGAUGAAGGCGUUGUGCUCUGUACAGUUGAGUAG